CCGCGCGCGCUGCUUUUCUCUUUACCGGACACCGGACGCAGCUCACCUGCUGCAGCGUUACAGCACAAACAGCAUCUCACAUCACUGGACUUUCCUCCUUAUCUUUUAUUUAUUUACUCUCAGAUUUCUUUUGGGAAAUGGCUUUUUACAGUGGAAGACAUUCCAGGAGUCGACUGUGUGUUGCCGAGGAGGAAGAAACGUGUUUUGUUUGUCGCGAUUCUCUGUAGGUUCAGUCGCAUUACUUGGGGAGCUGGACAUCUCUCUGCAGAAUGUCUCAAACUCUUCCCUGUCCCCCGCACUGGCUGACUGGAAAGCUCCCACAUUCACUAGGGCGGCACAGUUACGCGUCGGCGCCACACUGGUACUCUUUCUGUUUGCAGCAGUCAGUAACUUGGCACUUCUCAUAAGCGUGUGUCGCGGGCGCGGACGACGCCUGGCCUCCCACCUGCGGCCCCUCAUUACGAGCCUGGCUACAGCAGAUUUGAUGAUGACAUUCAUCGUAAUGCCACUGGACAUGGUGUGGAAUGUGACAGUGCAGUGGCAUGGUGGUGAUGGUCUUUGCAAGUUGCUCAGCUUCCUUAAGUUGUUUGCCAUGCAUUCCUCUGCAUUCAUCCUGGUGGUGAUCAGCUUGGACCGACAGCAUGCCAUCCUUCAACCUCUCGACACCGUUAACGCACACCGGCGCAACAAGAGAAUGCUGGUUCUGGCAUGGAGCCUUAGCCUGCUCCUUGCCUCCCCACAGUUGUUUAUCUUCAGAGCAAUCAACGCCGAAAAAGUGGAUUUCAUCCAGUGUGUGACACAUGGCAUUUUCCGGGAUCGUUGGCAAGAGACUGUCUACAACAUGUUCCACUUUGUGACUCUCUACGUCAUCCCACUGCUAGUUAUGAGCUGUUGCUACACCCGCAUCCUUGUCGAGAUCAACAGACAGGAGCACAAAAACAAAGCGGGGGAGUCUUGUCUCCGGCGCAGCCGAACAGAUAUGAUCCCAAAAGCAAGAAUGAAGACACUGAAGAUGACCAUAAUCAUAGUCCUGUCAUUUAUAGUCUGCUGGACUCCAUAUUACCUGUUGGGAAUCUGGUACUGGUUCCAACCAGAGAUGCUGAAGGUCACUCCUGAGUAUGUCCACCACCUGCUUUUUGUUUUUGGUAAUCUGAAUACCUGCUGUGACCCAGUAAUCUAUGGCCUGUACACUCCCUCUUUCCGUGCCGACCUUGCACGCUGUUGGGGCUGCCGUUCAACCAGUGAUUCUCCUCGCUCUCUGCAGCAUCUCUCCGCUCGACGGGGGCAUCACAGCGCAGAGCAGGAGUCUGAUCCUGCCAGUGUAAAAGGGGCAGAGGGUUAAAAAAUAUAUACAGUACAGACCAAAAGUUUG